AUGGUCACAAAUCAUGUGAUUGAUUAUAUUUACACCAUCCAUGGACAUCGCAUAACCCGCUGGAAUGACGCACUGCUUAACCCACCUGCAUUGGAUACUUAUGCUCGAUCAGCUCAUGCUAAAGGGGCUGCUCUACAGAACUGUUUUGGCUUUGUUGAUGGCACUGUGAGACCUAUAGCCAGACCAGACGAGCACCAGAGAAUGAUGUAUAAUGGUCAUAAACGGGUGCACGCCAUUAAAUUCCAAUCUGUUGCCUUACCGAAUGGAUUGAUCGCAAACCUUUACGGCCCCGUAGGUAAAGAUCUUUUUAACUUGCUCUUAUUUAUAAAUAAAUGUCGAUCAGGUUUAUGAAAAGAGCAACUCAAACGGAAAAGGUACAAACAUGGUUUCGGAAGGUAUUUGUUUUCCCCUUCAAGUGUCUGUUUUAUAGUAUAAUCUACGACAAACGCCUUUAGUGAUCAGGGCAAUGAAAGGUUGAUCUCAUGACACCAUUUAACAGAAGCGUUGCAUGAUGAAAAACAAUGAUAUUCCAUGAAACAAACCUAAGACUUUUAACUUCUUCUUCCAGAGGGCAAAAGGCAUGAUGCAGGUAUGCUGGCAGAAUCUGGUCUCUUGCAUGACUUGGAACGCCAUGCAUUUUCGACAGGGGGUCAGCCUCUAUGCAUAUAUGGGGAUCCUGCAUAUCCCCUCAGGGUUCACCUGCAAGGACCAUUCCAAGGUGCUGCUCUCACACCUCAGAUGGAGAUGUUCAAUGGAUCCAUGAGCUCUGUUCGAGUGUCAGUGGAGUGGCUGUUUGGAGACAUUUUAAACUAUUUUAAAUUCCUUGAUUUUAAAAAGAACCUAAAAGUUGGCUUAAGUAAUAUUGGCAAAACAUAUGUCGUAUGUGCUCUCAUGCGAAAUGCCCUAACAUGCCUCUAUGGUAAUCAAACCUCAGAAUUUUUUGAAUUAGACCCCCCAAGCCUCCAGGGGUAUUUCAGGUGA